AUGACAGACUUGGAAAGUAGUAUAGGAGCAUACAGCAACGUUGAAAAGCUGUUGUCUAAUGAAAAUGACUUCCUGCUGAACUCCACUGGAGUUGAAAAACAUCCGGGAGGGGUUGAUAUGGGAACAACGAUCAUAGCAAUGAAAUUUAAUGACGGUGUGCUAUUGGCCGCUGACAGUAGGACCUCCUCCGGCCAGUUAGUCGUAAACAGAGUCGCAAGGAAGAUAACGAGGAUUUUGCCUAGCGUCUUCAUGUUGAGAUCAGGUUCUGCCGCGGAUUCUCAAACUUUAUCGACGAUUCUAAGGUACCACGCCCAAUCGCUACGGCAGCAACUUAGAAGGGGGGGAAGAGGCCACGCAGGCUCCAACUUAAGCAUGGACGUGGACACAAAUGACAGUUUGGACAAUGUUACGCACACGUACAAGUUGGAUGAUACGGUGCAAGGCCCUCCCAUCAAGGCCCUGGCCACAGUUACACAUAACCUGGUCCACCAGUACCGUAACGCCCUCUAUUGCGGAGUUAUUUUGGGAGGAUACGAUUUCGUAAACGGUCCAGAAAUAUAUAACAUAACACUGGGCGGAACCCUGGUGGAAAUCGAGGACUUCCUCGCAACGGGCUCAGGCUCAGGAUUCAUCGUCGCUUAUUUGCAAAGCAACUACAAGAAGAACAUGAACAGGGACGAGUGCCUCAGCUUACUGAAGAAGGCCAUAGAGUAUGCAGUGUUAAACGACAAUUCCUCGGGAGGAAUUAUGAGGGCGGUAAGUGUGUCCAGAACUGCGGUAAACGAGUACUACUUCGUUCUAUGA